AUGGUAAAGCGGCGCAAAACGCAUGAUUCUCCAAAGCUCGGUGACCCACAAUCACCGGCUCUCUGCUCUUGUAAGGCUGUUGUGGAUGAUAGUGAUAACGCUUUACAAUGUGAUGCAUGUGAAAAUUGGUUUCAUAUUGCAUGCGUGAACGUCUCUCCGGUGGCGUAUUCGGCUUAUCAAACACUUGCGGACCAGAAACAGUUUUCGAACUGGUUUUGUCCAAAAUGUUUGGAUGACAAAUCUGUCGAUCGUCUUCCACCUCGUUGUCUCGCAGCGUUAUCUGCUCGAAUUGACGCGAUUGAGCGUGAAACGUCAAAUAUUAGCCGUAAACAAGAUCAACUUGUCGAUCGUAUGGAUAAACUGUACGAA